UAUGAAUUUGAAUGUGUUUUGGGAUACUAUUGAGGUUGUUCGCCCUUCUUGGGGUCAAAUUUAGGUUAGACUUCGGCAUAGAAGUGUAUCAACAGGCCACAGAGUUCCUCUUUUUCUACUUUAUGCGGGUUAGUGUCAGUAUUAAACUUUUCCAUGCUCCAAUCUGGAUAUUAAUUGUGAAUUUUUUAGUUUGGGGUGUUCUCUCAGUUAUUGUUUUAUAUGUUUAACUAUUCUCUAAGUAUUCGUUGGGGAGACCGACAGAGAUUUUUUUAUUUCAUUUAUUUUAUUGAGUACAGUGUUUGUUAUUGGUGCUGCUAUUUGAUUAUUCAUCUUUUUAAGUUAUUAUAUAUAUGAGUAAAUUUGUUUGUAUCACGUUACCUUGGAAAAUUACCCACUUUGUUUUGAUCUUUGUACCCUUGGAUUGACGACCAUUCUCGAUUCCUUUUAAUUCCUCCUCAGAGAUUGUUUUGAAUCUUGGAUUGAAAACUAUGACGGGGGUUUAUUUUCAGUUUCUAGUGCUUUGGUCAAUUCUUUAAGCGCCUCGUCGUUGCAUGUAGAAGAAUUUAUGAUUUCACAACUAUUCUGACAAUUUUCAUCCUCAUCAUCAAAGUUAUUAAACAGAGAGAGAGAGAGAGAGAGAGAGAGAGAGAGAGAGAGAGAGAGAGAGAAGAAUUUCUUCAUCAAAAUCAGGUUUCAUAGCUUCACAUUCAGGUCUGUCUUGAAAAAUAUCAUCGAAAGUACCAGUAUCGAAAUUUCCUCCCUUGGAAUCCAUUUUCAAAAAUUGCAUAAACAGACAUGUACGCGCGUGUGUUAUAUUUUUCCUUCAAAUAGUCAUAUUUUUUUUUUAUUUUGUAUAAUUAAUUGUUUAUUUAUCAUUUAUUUCUAAUAUGUUAAUGCUUUUGUUCAAUGAAUUUAUUUGGAUCGAUAGAGUUGUUAAAGCUGUAUGAUCCGAAUUACAAUAUUGUUUUCCAUCUCGUACAAACUCUAUCAAAUCAUCGCACGUAUGUAGUUAUGAGGCUGUACGACAUAUCAUAAAUCAUUUCACCCGUUUUAACCCAAAUUAUUUGAUUUUAAAUCGAUGUUUACAAAUAACCGCGUCACUGCCAUUUCAAGUGAUAGUCACGUGACCAGUUCAAACUUUCAGAUCAUCGGUGGUCUUAUCUGUGUAAAGCUGUGUAUUUUGUUAUAAUAGUACCGUACCAUAAGUUUAAUAGAAAUAAAAAUAUCAAAUAUCUCUUAGUACUUCGUUCUUUUACGCUCUUUCAGCCUUAAAACUAGACAGUUGCGUAUGAGUUAAUAUAUCAUAUUGGGAUUCCCCUGACGUGCGUGAGUCUAUUUAUAGACGUCUAUUUUGGGAUGAUUCAUAUAUGUACCCGCUAUAUUUACUUUCUAAAUAAUAUUCGCACGGUUUUCUUUUACAUGCAGAUGUUUUCAAGCAUGUAAUUAAGGGAAAGUUAAUAACUUUAUAAAGUAAUUAAUCUGCUUUAAAGUAAUUAUGUACAAAAAUAAUACAUGAACAUCGGGUCAUACAGCUUUAAGUUGUUCUUUUCAGGAUUGCCAAUCUAUAAAUAGAAUUAUAAAUAUACCAUUCAGGGGAAGCCCCAACAUUCCAAUAGAAAGUAGUUCCGGCCAUUUAUUAUUUUAUUUUUCGGCGUAUACGAUAUUCAGAUGAUAAUUCGCCAAUAAAAAGACGUGUAAACAUGUAAAAUUAAAUGAUAAUAUGAAGUAUUAGUUUUGAUUCCCGCAGACAAAACUUGUGACAACAUUGUCUUUGUUGGUAAGGCUCAUCAUAGCAAAAAUAUAAAAUAUAUCGAAUCGACAUAUGAAUGAACGUUAUCAUUGUUAAUAGACAAAACGUCGUCGAUAUAUCUAAAUGUUGAAUUGAAGGUCACAGCAAGAGAUUUCUUCUAUAGGUUUUUGAUUGAGUUCUGCUUUAUAUGAAUAUAUAAACAGGUCAGCUAACAAAGGAGCACAAUUCGUGCCCAUGGGAAUUCCAACAGAAUGUUGGAAGACCUCAUCACCAAAGACCACGAAGAUAUUUUCAAUGAGGAACUCCAUCAUAUUCUUUAUUUCAACUUCAGAAAACUUGUGCGUGGAAUCAGAGUGGUGUUUAACAAACAAUGGAAUGCAUGGCAAAGAAUGUGACGCAUUCAUAUUCAUAUCAGUUCAGACCGUAGAUUGAAUUUUAGAAGGUUACAAUGGCGUCAAAACUAUUGUCUUCAGAGCAAAUGAACUUUACACGUGCAGGAAUAGUUUGCUUGGAUGUGAUAAAGUUAAUAUUAAAAGACAUUUUAAACCUUCAUAUAAAGCCAAGGAAUCUGUACCGUAUGAUAAUAAAGACUAAUACCAAUGGUGUAUUGAAUCGACAUCAGUUGGAGCUAUGUACGAAAACCCCUAACCCUGACUACGACACGUUUGACGUUUCCUUGCUUUAUCGGCUGAUACGUACAUUCGGCGCUUUACGUUUUCCGGAUUUAAAGCCUACACAAGGACGGGGAAUAGUGCUUUCUCAACAACAUACAGAAAUUGGUGACGACAUCGAGCGUCUCAGGAUCUUUAGGAAUGAGUCAUUUGCCCAUUUGCAUUCUUCUUCUAUUCCAGAUUCAACUUUCAGAACACAAUCGCAAAAUUUAAAAAUUGCAAUAGGGCGAAUCCAAAUGUUUAUGACGGCACAGGGAUUGCCUGUGAACUAUAAGAAACAACUUCACGAUGCACUGAAAUUUCAGUUUGAUAUUGAUGAUAUGAAAAAACUUAAAAUAGAACUUGAAACAUUGUUGACAGUAAUGAAUAAGGAAAAGAAGGUUCCAAAGAUGCGUGGAUGCCUGUCAUGUCUAAGAUGUAAAGGUUCUGAAGAUCUACAGAGAAAGUUUUAUCGUGAGCGGGGUUCCACUGUUAGGCAUGCACUUCUUAUGUCCAAUAUAGAGAAACAACGAGGACUGCUUACCAAACUCAAAACUGAAUUGACAAAUCUAGGUGACUUAAACACCAGUGAGAUUGAUGGUUCAGAAUCUGUUAAGGAUCUGCUAUGCUGUUUACUACAGAAGAAACUCAUAUCCAAUAACAACGUCAUAUACCUUCAGCAUCUGUUCAGAAGAACGGGCUCCAAAGAGUUGAACCAAAAAUGCAUAGAAUAUGCAGAGGGAAUGAACGCCUUGUGUUUCUAUGAGAAGCACGUCGGUAAUACCGUACCAUUAUUGUAUCCAUGUAAAUUGUCAAACAGGUAGCUCUCAGCAAAGGGUAUCUUUUUAUGCAGUUAUAAGGGAAUGAUUUUCAUUGAAUAAUAAAAUAAUAAUGAUAAGGAUAUUAAAAACUUAUUUAGCGCCUUAUGUUAA